AUGAAAGUGUCCUGUUUUGUUCUCACGACGGCAUUCUGGGCAGUGUUGGCCCGGGCCGAGUGGAUGGUCGACCCCCCAACAACCGCAGACCCAAAUACCCCAGAAGACUGCACAUGGUGGCAUAUCGCGGAGGCGUCAGACACCUGCUCCUCUAUUUCCGAUGAUUACUUCAUAACCGAGCCUUCAUUCGUCUCAUACAACCCUUCGUUGAGCUCGUCAUGCGACCUUAUCCAAGGCAACUCCUAUUGUGUUGAGAGGAACUGGGGGAUCCCACCCGAGGAACCAGAGCCCUCCACGACGAGUUCAGCGGCGCCGUCUACCACCACGGAACCUGGAACGGGUGUAGAGACCCCAUCCCCCAUCCAAGAGGGCAUGACGGAGGACUGCAACGACUUUUAUUUUGUAAAGGCUGGGGACAGUUGUGCCAUGAUUGCCUCGUCGCAUCAUAUUUCCCUCUCGGAUUUCUAUGACUGGAACCCUGCCGUCAAGCCUGACUGCACAGGCUUGUGGGCCAACGUCUACGUUUGUGUCGGAACAAUUGGCGGUUCCACUCCAUCCCCAACACCCACGAGCACGGGACCGCCUGGGAAUGGAAUUGAAACACCGACUCCCAUCCAAGAGGGCAUGACGGAUGAAUGCGAAGACUUUUACCUGGUCCAGCCCGGUGAUGGCUGUGCCGCUAUCGCAUCUACGCACGGAAUCUCCCUUUCCGACUUUUACGAGUGGAAUCCAGCAGUCGGAUCCGACUGCGUCGGUUUGUGGGCCAACGUCUACGUGUGCGUGGGCAACAUUGGUGGAUCUCCUCCACCGACCUCGACCGUGUCAUCGACCACUACCACUACCCCAGGCAACGGCAUUACGACGCCGACGCCGACUCAGCCCGGCAUGGUGGAUGAUUGCGACACGUUUCACUUUGUCGAGUCCGGACAAGGCUGCGCUCUCAUCGCAGGGCAGUACGGUAUUUCUCUUUCCGAUUUCUAUACCUGGAAUCCAACGGUUGGCGAGAACUGUGGAGGCCUGUGGGCCAACGUAUACGUGUGCGUCAGUGUAAUUGGGGGCUCCCCUCCCGAACCGACGCCGACGCAACCCGGAAACGGAAUCACAACGCCAACACCGGUCCUUCCUGGGAUGGUGGACGACUGUGAUGUGUUUCACAAAGUCGAGGCUGGCGAUGGAUGCUGGGACCUGGCAACAGCAGCCGGGAUUAGUUUGGACGACUUUUAUGCAUGGAACCCACAGGCUGCCCCGAAUUGUGCCGGGCUAUGGGUUGGAUACUACGUGUGCCUAUCUCGGCUGUGA